AUGGACGACGCCGGCGUCCUGCUGCUCUUCAGAGACAAGGCCUACCUCCACCCCGAGAAGGAAGAAACAUAUGGAGGGAAGGGAGAAGCUUGCCGGAAGGAAGGAAGAAGCUCGGCAGAGAACCCCUCUGGGUCUUAUCUUAGGGUGAUAGAUGACCCCACUAUCUAUCUUAGGGUGACUGACGAUCCCAUUAGCUAUGUUAGGGGUGCGGGGGUGGUGCAGGUGGUGGACCUGGUGAGAAGGGCGGUGCCGCUGGCCCUGGAGGUGGAGGACGACCCAAGGAGAGAGGAGCUGAGGCAGCUCCAGGAGAAGAAGGACGGCAUCGACAAGCUGGCGCACAGGCAGGUCCGGCGCAUCCUCUGGUCCGGGCUGGGGCUGAUCAUGUCCCAGAUCGGCCUCUUCUUCCGCCUCACCUUCUGGGAGCUCUCCUGGGACGUGAUGGAGCCCAUCGCCUUCUUCACCACCGCGUCCGGGCUGCUCGUCAGCUACACCUACUUCCUCGUGACAUCGAGGGACCCGACGUACCAGGACUUCAUGGAGAGGCUCUUCCUGUCCAGGAGGAGGAAGCUCUGCGCCAAGCACAGGUUCGACAUGGAGAGGUACCUGGAGCUGCACAGGCUUUGCAAGUGCCCUCUCGAAGGCCACUAUCCUCAUGGCCCCAAGCUUCACAACUUGUAA